UAACCUUCCUUUGAAUUUCUCCUCUUCUUCUUCCUACAAACAUUCAACUUGAAUUAAAUAUAUAUAUACAUACCAAUAAAAAACCUUAUCAGUUCUCAUAACCAUCUCCGCCUCACUACCUCUUAUCCACAAUCAUCAUCAUCUCCAUGGGGACUUCUUCUUGGAAGCAGAGAGUGAUGAAAGAGCUUGUUGAUGGGCAGGAAUCUGCAACCCAAUUGCAGGUUCUCCUUCAAAAGCCCUUUAGUGAAAAUGGGUCAUCUCAAUUUACAUCAGUGGAUGAGCAUUUGGUGAAGAUCUUGGGAUCCUUCACUGAGUCUCUCUCUCUGUUGAUGAUGAUGGGCUCUAAUAGUAAUAGUAGUGAGUCUGACAAUAAUAAUUCACAAGUGGGUUCUGGUUUAGUGUGCUGUGAUCAUGGUAGUAGGAGAUCUGAUGAGGAUUGUACUGAGAGUAAGAAAAGAGUGGCGGUGCCUUCUUUGAAGGAUAGGAGAGGCUGCUACAAGAGAAAACAGAACUCACAAUCAUGGACAAUAGUCUCAUCUACUGUUGAAGAUAUCUAUGCUUGGAGAAAAUAUGGUCAAAAGGACAUUCUAAAUGCUAAAUACCCAAGGAGUUACUUUAGAUGCACACACAAAUAUGAUAAAGGUUGCAAAGCUACAAAGCAAGUCCAAAAAAUGGAGGAUCAACCAGGGAUGUUUCAAACAACAUAUAUUGGCAAUCACACUUGCAGAAAUGUUGUCAAGGCUCCUCCAAUGAUCAAAACAGACCCAGAAUCUUGUUGGGAAUCUUGUGUUGUUAUUCCAGAAUCAAAGAUUGCAACAACAAUAAAACAAGAGCCCUCCUCCAUGGCAGCAGCAGAGGAGACCCCAAGCAGUACUGGUGGUGGUGAUGAUGAUCUGAACAACAGUUUGUGGAAGGAUCUAAUGCCUUAUGAGUACUCGUGUGAGCCUGCAUCAAUAGUCUCUCAUGUCUACACUUCGUACACAGAUGUGACUUCUCAAGAUGGUUUGGACAUUGAUUUUGGGGUUGAUUCAGUCAAUUUUGACACUUAUUUUACAGUUUGAUAUGUGAGAGUGUGUUGAUCAAGUUUUUCUCAUAGUUUUUGAAACACCACUAAGAAAUAUGUUUCACAUUAAAAUCGAACCUUGGGCACACGGAUGCCUAAUCCAAUCGAUUGUCAACCGAGUCAUUUCUCGUUGGUAGUUUUUCUGAUAGUUAUUAGUGCUUCCUUCCCUUGUAAAGUAGUGUACUAUAUAUAUGUAAACAUAUAUAUAUAGCUUAUUAAGGCAAAUUAGUCUUGUCUUCUUGUAUUGAUGACCCUUAAUUUUGUGGAAUAAUAACAUCAUUUAAGGCAUCCCCUUUAGCUUCUA